AUGGCAGACAGCACAGGUGCUCCCUUUCCCUCGCGAUACCGUUCGCAAAGACACAAGAACCCCUCGGUCGAUGAGCCCUGGGGAUACGAGUCGCCUGCGAGCCCCCCGCACGGCAAUGAUGGCGUUGCCCGGAGCAAGUCACGAUACAGGCACAAACAAGUGGUGUCUGCAGAAUCACCAACCGACAAUGCGCGACCACAUUCACAACAACAGCAGGCCGCAAUCCCCUCGCGAUACCAUUCCAAGCAUCGGCAGUCACCCUUAACCACCAUGUAUACAGAACAGGUUGUCCAGACCCCUGUACAGCACCGUUGCACUAGCUCGAGCACUAGACGACACAGACAGAACGAUACACCACCAGCACCGCCAGGCGCAUACGAUCGAAGGAAUUUUGAAGCUGAUAGAGCCAACUCUAGCACCUACAGCAAUGGUCUGGAACGCUCCCGCACAAGGGGUGGCAGCAGCGGGCCCAAAGGCAAUGAUGUCCCUCCUCCACUUCCUCCUCCGCCCGAACCGGUCCCGCCGCCGAGUGGAGAUCUCUUUCCCCCCAUGACCCCGGUCAAUCAGCCGAAGCGACCCGAUGGACCUCCACAAUCUGGCAAGAUUCGUGCGACAAAGAGCAUGAGCGAGCUGCCUGUACACGAUAGCCAUGGAAAUGCAGGAUGCUUCGGUGGGCUGUUUAGACGCAGGCGCGAUGAGCUCACGCCGGUUCCGCACGAUCAAGUGCCGACUACGCGACCAAAGACUGGAGGGGACGCACCGACCGCAAUCAAAAUGGGCGGAGGAGGCGCUGUGCCUGGUACUGAUGCGCCAGUAUCCGCAAUCAACGCUGGAGAUCGCCGUGUACUGGUCGAGUGUGGGAAGUCUAAGGCGCUCUUCCCGGUGACGCCCACAACGACUCCGGUUGAUCUGAUCAAGAACGCUGCAACUUGCAUGUCCGAACGCAUCGAUGUAAAGUCAGCGCUGCUGUUCGAGUAUUUCGGUACGGUGGGCGUGCAACGACCGCUGCGUCGAUAUGAGCAUAUCCGGGAUAUCAUAAACAGCUGGGACAAUGACAGGCAAAACACUCUGAUUCUGCUUGACCCUGGAACCGGAACUGUCGAAAGCGAGCUGACCAUGGCCGGUGUGCCACAAGUGCAGCCUGAAGAAAAGACCUGGUACCUCUCACACUCGCAGAAAGUCGGAUCGUGGAGCAAGCGCUGGGUCACGCUUCGUUCAAGCGGCCAGCUCGUAUCCCAGAAGGAUCUCGUUUCGUCAAAAGAAGCGACAAACAUUUGUCAUCUGAGCGACUUUGAUAUUUACAUGCCAACUCCGGACAAGCUGAGGAAAAAGAUCAGGGCUCCAAAGAAGUUUUGCUAUGCCAUCAAGAGUCAGCAGAAGACCAGCCUGUUUGAGUCGACGCAUAACUUCGUCCACUUCUUUUCAGUUGGAGACAAGGCGACUGCUGAUGAGUUUCAUGACAGUAUCCAGGCCUGGCGAAGUUGGUAUCUGGUCAACGUCAUGGGUGAGGGAAAGAGGGACAAGCCCAAGCCGACUGCAGGAGAAGCUCAAGGCCGAAGGUCGAUGAGCAACGACCAUUCCAGGUCGCACCAUUUGCAGGAGUCGGUAGGCUCGCAUUAUCAGCUUGGCUCCUUCAAGCCGUUGGUGGACAUGGACCAAUAUGAGCACCGUCCCGGCUCUAGCACAUCCGAGGAAGGUUGGCCUGGCUCAAAGGAUUUCGUGAAGUCUUCCAAUCAGUUCGAUGUCAAUGUCUCGCCGGAACGCAGAACAUCGAGUGCCAAAAGACAACAUCCUCCCCUGUCCCUGAGCAGUCGAGCCCAGCUUGCGGAAGACGAGCCGCUUGCAAACUUGAAUCGAAGCAAUUCAACCAACAAGCGCAGAUCAUCUACCGAUCAGCAGCGCUUCCUUCAGGCGACAGAAUUUUCGGACACAGGACUUCUCGGCAGAGAUUAUUCUCAGCGCCGCAAGGAGUACGAUCAGAAGGAAGCACAGCGCCAAGAGGCUUUCACUUCAGGCCCGAAUCUACUGAAUGGCGGAAUGCACGUGCGAGAUGACGGGGAUGGCUCGGGAGAUGGGCUCAAGCGAAACCCUUCAACGCGUCGCCAUGUCAACAGCAACGGAGGCAUCAUGCGCUCGUCGUCCACCCGUGGUCAUUCGCAAGGUGCGUCUGGGGAUUUGGAAAGAUCUGGGUCAAGACGCCAAAAGCCAAAGCCAUUGGUCGACCUUACGCCUCAAUUCAAGGAGCCACCACAGCACGCAAACAAAGGCAAGGGCUAUCGUCCUGAUAACAUGGGUCAAGGAGGUCUCAUCUCGAGUGCUACAUCGCCCGAAGAUCCUCUUGGUCUACCCAGUAAUACUAUCUUCCGCAACGCUGGUGGCCAAUACAGUGGACAAGGCAAUCCGGGCUUAGUCGAUCUCUCGCCUCAAUACCGCGAGCCCGUGCACCAGGCCCGGAAAGGUCGAGGCUACCAAGUCGACAAUCCCGCCGCGGGCGGAGGUCUCGUGGGAAGCGCCACCUCGCCUGACGAUCCUCUCGGCUUACCCCAGCAGACAGUCUUUCGAAGCAUGAAGGCAAUGCCAGAGAACCGCAACCGGCGACCAGACACUGCACCCGAGAGACCAGUCAAUCGCCAGAAAUCUACAAGACAACAAUCACCCAAGGAGGCCUUCACGGGUGAAGGUCUUCUCGCCCAGCAGCAACGUCAGGGCUGGGGCGGAGAGAAUAAAGGCCGAGGCGUGAUCGACGGGAGCCAUGCAGGCGGCAGGCCGUUGGUAGAUCUCUCGCAGGACAGCAGAUUUGUCAAAGGUUCACUCCUAAACCAGGUUGAACGAGCGGAGGGAGGGCCGAUACCGGCUCCCAUCAUUGACCGCGAGAAGCGAAUCGAAAGAGAGGAAAAGCACGGAGAAGGACAUUGA